AUGCCUGCGAUCAAGAAGGAGCGGCUGGAUGGAGACGAUAUGGCAUUGACCGCGUUUAACCAGGCCGACUACCUGGCUCCUUUAAAUGCCACCGCUAUCCCCGUGGUGACCCCGCAUCCGCCGCCCUACGAUCACAUUUUCGCCCAUCACCGCGCGUACUUGGGGCUUCACGACUCGGCGCUGCAUCACCAGCACCUCCACCACCACACGGACGACUUAAUGCUGGAGCGGUUCUCCUCCAUCCCGGACUUUCAACCCUUUUUUGACAACGGGGAGCCCUGUAUCGAGGUGGAGUGUGGCGAAAACAAGGCAUUGCUUUAUAUCAAUAAACUGUGUCAAGGAAGUAAGGGACCUUCUAUUAAAUACAGGGGCGAGUGGCUCACCCCAAACGAAUUUCAAUUUGUGAGUGGACGGGAGACGGCCAAGGACUGGAAACGCAGUAUUAGACACAAAGGGAAAAGUCUGAAGACGCUCAUGUCCAAAGGGAUUUUACAGGUGCACCCUCCGAUCUGUGAUUGUCCAGGCUGCAGGAUCUCAUCUCCAGUGAACCGGGGGCGACUGGCUGAGAAGCGCACCAUCCCGCUCCCUCCAAACCGGGUGCCAAAGAAGGAGCUGGCCUCUAUCUUCAGCAGUGACGACAGCGAAGGCAGCGAGCGGGCCAGCGGGGACCAUGCCCACAUCAAGCAGGAGGACGAGCUGCAUUUUAGUAUCAUGAGGAAAAGUCGGGACAAUGACCUCUCCACAAUAAUCUCCAACCUACACCACACAAGGCAGCACGGCAUGUCCGAGAGCCAGUCUGAGCGCAGCACCGCCGGGCAAACAGACGACAUUCUGGGCAAAAGACGAAGCUUCUCUCCAAACAGCAGCAGCGACUGUCCCUCAGAAAGCAAGAAGUCACGUAGUGUAUCCCCAAAAGAGAACCCGCAGAGCCCGGUGGUGGAGGCAGGGCGCAGUGUGGGUCACAUGAGUCCUGAAGACCACUACAGAAGGAUGAUGUCCAGUCUGAGUGAGCAGGGCAGCUAUGAGGAGCAGCAGCAGAGACUGUACCAGUUGGCCAGCAGCAUGGGCCUGCCUGGACACGAUUUGCUCAGAGCUCGUCAGGAGGCGCUGGUGGCUGCUGUGAGGACUCCAGCACUUGAAGCUCAUCUGCCUUCUGGAAGUUCAUCCUCAUCCAGCCAGAGACGCAAACAGGGCCUGCCUCAGCACCGGGACGCACACUAUACAGACAGGGAUCUCUCUCAGCCUCCGCCUCUGCUGUCUCCCCCCACAGCCCCCCACAUCACGUUAGGACCUCACCUGCGGCCUCCUUUUCUGGGCAUGCCCACUGCUCUGUGCCAGGCACCAGGUUAUGGGUUCCUUCCACCUGCUCAAGCUGAGAUAUUUGCCCGUCAACAAGAGAUGCUAAGGAAACAGAACCUGGCCAGACUGGAGAUGUCUGCAGAGCUGCUGAGGCAGAAGGAACUGGAGAACCUACGACAGCAGCGCCUCUUGGGCUCUGACCCUGUGGGGGCUCUUUCAGGAGCACUGCCCGCUGACCACCCCGCGCUCCGUAACAUCCAGGACCUGCCUGAGGGGCACCCGCUGAGGGAGGAACUCGCCCGUCGCACCAAUGCCAUGCUGGUGCUGCGUCAUGGGGCCACGCCUCCUCUCCUCUCUUUAAACCAGCAGCCACAGUCAGGGACUCCCACACCCAAAGACCUCCAUAAACACAACUCAGCUUCUGGCUCUGACUCCCGCAAAUGCCCCAGUGGAGGCUCGGGGGGUCCACCAGGGCCAAGGGACCACCGAGAAGAGGACUCUGACAGUGAGGCAGACACAUGUGAGGACAAACCGGAAGGAGCAGAGGCCAAAUCCAGUAGUAAGCUCCAGGUCGGGGAGAGGCGGGAGGGUAAAGAGGCCAAUAAGGGACUUUGUGUCAGGGCUAAAGAGAGCACUGAAAGCUCGGGUCAAAACAGCGCCCCCUGCAAUUCAUCAGAGACAGACUCACCCAGCCGCCUCUUCUCUGUGGGGCAGGCCAAAGACGUCAAGUUUCACCUUCCAACAGGCUUCAUGCCCCCACUGCCCACGCUCCAUGGACAGAGCUUCCCAUUUGGCUUUCCCUACGCCAACCCCUACUUUCACUCGGGUGCGAUGGGAGGUCUUUUCACGGAUGGGGAGGACUCCUCCACAACAAACCCAGCGGAGGACAUCAGCAAGUGGAGUGUGGAAGACGUGUGUGGCUUCAUAAGCAGCUUGGCCGGAUGUGCAGAGUACACACAGGUGUUUCGGGAGCAGGCCAUUGAUGGAGAGACUUUACCUCUGCUCACCGAGGAGCACCUGCUACACUCCAUGGGACUAAAGCUGGGCCCGGCGCUCAAGAUCCGCUUUCAGGUAGCUCGGCGCUUUGGCAGACUUUUCUACAUGACUGGUUUCCCCUUUGCAUUCCCUUUCCCACCGGCCAUCCUGCGACCUCCAGAGCGAGAUCUGAGCACACCUGACUCCUCUCUGCCCCCAAAUGCAUCACAAACGAACAAACCCACCUCAACAAGCAGCAGCUCCUCUCCUUAUAGUGGGCCCACCCCUGGGUGCUCCUCCCCCAAAAAACAGAAUGGUACAAGCUCAAGUAUGGCGACACGGUUUGAGGCAAAAACGCCUUCGUAGGACACAGAAAUAGAAAUGAAUCAAGGCUGCUCAUAUUUGCUACUUUAACCAGACUUUGUCCUGACCUCUCCCAUUGCCUUGGGACCUUUAAAACUGAUUUCAUGGAAAAGUAUUGGACUGGAUUAAAAGGGAGGAGGAUGUGGUGUUUUUUCCGUUUGUCUGCAUUGUGGCAGAAUCCAAAGAAAUAGAGUUUGGAGCGGAGACGCGCAAAGUGACAGAGGAAUAGAGAAAAGGAAAGGGAGACAGCUGGUCACAGACAGCCUGCCAAAAAUCCGGAGCAAGCGGCACACAUGCGACAUUCUUGCGAGUCAGACACAGGCGGAGCCGGGUCCUUCCUUCCUGGGCUGGAGGAAGCUCUGCGUUCCCUUCUGCUUGUGUCUCUGUGACUGCUGCGAGCACGAGCACUGCUCCCUCCUCUCGCCUUUCUCUUGGAGCCAAACAGCAGCAAGGGGUCGUCUCUUCAAAGGCUGGAGUCCAAGCAUACGGCCAACAGCACACGAUCUGACCAGCUCUGGCUUAGCACUGCUAACUAUGCAUUCCACUGUCCCGAUACCAAAGAUGACCGGAUGUGUGGAGUUGAACACAUUUCACAUGGUGUCUGCCUCAUUUUGCAUUAAGAAAAGACUAUUUGAACCCCGUGAACAUGAUGCACUCUGUGGCACUGAAGUUGAGGUAUUAAAGCCUUGAAAGUGUCUGUACAUGUGCUGACUACUGUUGGUGAAGGACUAAGAUGCAAACUGUACAGAAUCAUGAUGAAAAACUCUGAAGGUUACAUGCGUGGUACUUUGACUUUUGUUAUUUGUAGUUGCACGAAAAAGUUUUUCUUUACUGAAAAAUGUGACUUGCUGAAUUUAUGUGGUACUUUGACUUUUUUGUUUUGCCACUUUUUAAAAAGGUAAUAUUAAGAGAUGCUCCAAUCUUGAAUGCUCCUUCGGCAUAUAAAUAUGAGGACAGAUAUUUAUAGGAUUUUUGAUGUGGUAGAUAAAGCAGAAUAUGAUAUGUAUUAUAAUUAGCCCUUGAGAUGGAUCCCAAAGAUAAUUUUACUUUGUUUUCUCUUGGUUACAGGGAAAAGAAAGGCACAGAGCUCUUAAUGCAAACAUGUUGAAUUUGUUAUGAUUUUUUUAAAGCAAUGAAUUAAAAAAGAUCUCUAGAUUUCCCUUCAAAAUGUUUGUCUUCAUCCUAUUUUUCUAUUCACCACACAGGCAAAUAAAUCCUAAACAAACAGUG